GUGGACGGUUACCUUAAGUGUUGUUACUGUUAUUUUAUUGUCAUUUCAUCUUGCUACAGUAACAGUUUGCUAUACCUGUUAUUAAUAAUUAAUGUUUUGAAAUUGUCAUCUAAGGAAAAAUAGGAUGAUGAUUUAAAUAUUAUUUAAAGUUUAAUUUAAUUACUCAAUUAAAUGUAGUUUUUUCGGAAGUAUGGAAAAAUCAAAGCACCUUUAUUAAAAUAAAAUGUCUGCUAAAAAUGUAAUGCUUUUUAAGCUUUUCUAUCGGUUCACUUCUAAAACAUCAUUUGUGGAAACGAGAAUAAGAGUCCUUACUAAAAGGGAACUAUCUUAUUGGAAUCAAAAUACGGAUGUAAGGGGUUUGAAAUGGUCAUCAUUAUUACGGAAAACUAAGAAUAAUGAGGAUAAUAUCGCAGACAAAACAAAUCCCAAGAAAUCAGAUGAUUCUUCUAAAUCAAAUGUUAGAAGUGGGCAACCUGUGUUGAAUAUUAUAGCACCCGAAAUUAGAGAUAAUGAGGAGUCUAAAACUUCAGAUGCGAAGAGUACAAGUCAGAAUUCUAAUACCACCUCUCUUUCACUUACUGAAAAUCAGUUGAAAAAAUCAAAAAACCUGGAAAAAGAUGUUGAAAAUCGGGAAAUCCAAAUGAAUGGGAAAGAUAUAGGAAAGAAAAGAGUAAAACUUGAUCUGGCUGCACAGUCUCUAGAGAGAAAUUUCAUAACUCCAUUUAGAGCAAUGUCAGAAUUCUUAUUGAAACCAUCAGAUUUAGAAAAUUUACCCAGAACAAGGAGAAGAUCACCUUAUGAAUGUGAACCUCCAAUUACUGUUUAUUGGAGAAAGGAUGUUGAAGCUAAGGCAAUGGAAAUUUGGGGAUCUAAAGAAGCAUUGAAUAUGGAAUUACUCAAAAGAGACAUUGAGAGAAAAAGAUACCAACAAAAUAUUUUCAUGGUGAAGAGAAGGUUACGGGAUUACAGAAGGGAAAUAUCAAAGUCUGCUGGUGAAACAGUGAAAGAUAAUGAUCCUGGUUUGUCAGGGAGAUCAGGAAGGGUUGUACUUAUAGCUGUAGGAAUAAAUAUGGCCAAUUGUCUCUUCAAACUAUUCGCUUGGUUGUACACAGGGUCUCAUAGUAUGUUCUCAGAAUGUAUACAUUCCUUUGCAGAUACUAUUAAUCAAAUCAUAUUAGCAUUUGGAAUUCAUAAGUCUGUCCAGUUAGCAAAUUCCUAUCACCCUUAUGGUUAUAAUAAUAUGAAAUAUGUUGCCUCAUUAAUAUCAGGUGUUGGAAUAUUCUGUGUUGGAACUGGACUUUCAUUCUAUCAUGGCAUAACAGGAAUCAUGAAUCCGGAACCUUUAUCUGAUUUCUUUUGGGCGUAUUUCAUUUUAGGGGGUUCAUUCAUUUCAGAGGGUGCUACUUGUAUGGUUGCUUUUAAUUCUAUAAGGAAGGGUGCUAAAGAAGCUAAGAUGUCUGUGCAAGAGUAUAUUUUUAAAAGUAAAGAUCCUAGUGUGAAUGUGGUAUUAUUGGAGGAUUUUGCAGCAGUUGUAGGAGUUGUGGUAGCUGGUGGAUGUAUGAGCUGGGCUUCAAUAACAAAUAGUUCCAUUCCAGAUUCACUUGGCUGUCUAGGAGUAGGAUGUAUCUUAGGUUCGGUGGCUUCUUUCAUAAUUUAUUCUAAUGUUGCAGCUUUGGUAGGCAGGUCUAUUCCAGAAGACGAUUUGAACAAAAUAAAUUGUGAAUUGGAAAGUGAUGUAAUGGUUCGAGCCAUCCAUGAUGUUAAAGGAAUUGAUAUGGGUAAUUAUCUGGUCAGAUACAAAGCAGAAGUUGAUUUUGAUGGAAGAGAAUUAACUAGAUCUUAUUUAGAUAAACAAGACCUAAAUAUGCUGCUUGAGGAAUGUAGAAAGAUUGAAAACAUCGAUCAACUCGAAGAAUUCAUUCUGAAACAUGGAGAGAAUAUAGUGGAUUCUGUUGGUGGGGAAAUUGAUCGGAUAGAAAUGAAAUUAAGGAAAAAACAUCCUGAAAUUCGUCAUUGCGACUUGGAAAUACUAUAAAAGGUUCCAAAACUUAUUAUGUAUUAAUAUAUAAGCUAAUAUACUUCAUUUUAAAUAUAGAACAAUAUUUUGUGAUUUCAAAUUUUUGUCCAAAAAUAAUGUUAAAGUUAAAUGAGAAAAGUUUAUAAUUUAUAAUUGUUAUUUGUUUCUCGAAACAUUAGUUGGUACAUAUAUGUAUUUAUUUAUUCUUCUAAAUAAGCUUCUACCUAAUAAACUGGAAUAUUAAUUGAAGUUUUGAAACAUGUUAUUUUAUAUUUGAUUAAAAAUUCAAAUGUG